AUCUCGUAGAGAUUUACCUUGAAUCCUUCGAUCAAUCCCGCUUAAAAAUAGCCGAAAUGGCAGAAGAGUUGAUUUACCGACAGUACUUUUACAACUAUCAUCAAAACAUGGAUUUUAUGGCCGUGGCACCGAGUGAAUUCGUUCCAUCGUCUCUCAAUUAUCUACCACAACAAUCGUCGUCGAGUGAAGUGAUGCAAUACAGCAGUGAUGCCGAAUGGAUGACAGUUGGCAGUCCGGCAGAUAGUUACGGAAGCUGCAGUCCCACCUACUACGAUGUGCACUCACCGGAUGACCAGACUUUCGGCCCGAUCGCAGUAAGCAAUGCAACCAACGCUGCCAAGACAACCACGAACCGACCGAUGUCCAAUUCGGCUCGAAUCCUUACCAAAAUCGAACAACAAUACGAGGACGGCAGCAGUGGCAGUGCUUCGGAUUCGGACAUCCUCAACAACAGCGAAAUUCCGACCAACAUCAAAAUCAAACGGGGCACCGCGAUCCCGACCGUGAUCAAGCGAAAGCGUCGACUGGCGGCCAACGCUCGGGAACGCAAGCGGAUGCGUGGUUUGAACGAAGCCUUCGACCGGUUGCGGCAACAUCUUCCCUCGGGAGCAGCCGAUCAGCAGCUCUCCAAGCAUGAAACCCUGCAGAUGGCCCAGACCUACAUCACGGCACUGUGCGAACUUUUGGUGUAAGGAAAUAAGUGAGGAAAAUAGUGGUGUGAAGCCAGUUAGGGUACUACUGUAAAUAGGUUCAACGUUUCGGCCAUAGCAGAAGGAAGAGAGAAACGCAGUCAUUAAGUUUAGAGUCGAUGUUUUAGCCCAGUUAUAAAUUGUAGCGAAUUUAGAUUCAAGUUUUAUAAUUGCCAUUGUUUAGAUUAGACACUAGGAAUAAAUGCAAUAAUAAAGUUU